AUGGGUAAUAGUUCUUCUCAGGGAUAUAAGAAUAAUUUUAGAAAAGCAACUAAAUUAAAAAAGCAAAAAAUUGAUAAAAAGUCAAAAUGGAGAGGUAUUAGCUUAUGCAAGAAUGAAUAUAUGGAUGAUGGAUAGGAAGCAUGGCUUUUACACUUUAAAGGAGAAUGUAAUGAUUUAAAAGAAACUUGUCAAUGGGCUAAUUAAUGCCUUUACGCUCUUAAAUCUUAUGAAGGUUAUCCAGUGUCUCAUUAUUAGACUGAAAUCUCUUCCUGUGGUUUAUCAAGAAAUUCCAUUUAAGGAGAUGGCAAGAGUAAAAAAAAGAAGAAAAGUUAUGAGCAUUUAAAUCCUUAAUAGAAAUAUAAAAAGCUUUACAAAAAAUCAGAUUUAAUUGAAGAAGAUUAAAAUAGCUCAUUUUCUUUAACUGGAAGUCUAGUUGGUGGGAUAGGGCCCUCUAUUGGCGGGAAUAAAAAGAGUUCGAGCAUUAAUAGCUUUAGUAUUAAUAAUAAUUAAAACAAGAAUAGCUUUAGUUCUAUUAACUCUAGCCCGUCAUAUGUUUUUCCUUAAUACUUGAUACAUAGAAAUGAGAUUCAAAACUAAAACAGGGAACAAAUUGAAGCUCUUGAAUUAUAUGUUUUAAAGACUAGUAUGAUAGCUAAACAUUUAUAAGAUAAUAAUAAUGUUUUAGGGUUUUUAACUUAGAUAUUUCUAGAGACUUACAUUAAUAGCUAUGAAGGAAUAUCAAAGAGAUUGUACGAAAUGAGAAAGCAAAAACUAAAUACUCCUAUUAAUGAAGAAGCUUAAAUCGUAGACAAAGCUAUUUAAGAUAUUCAAUAAUUUAUUAGAGUUAUGCAAGAAACUAUUUAGCUUUUUUAUAACUUAAAUCGCGAGUUUAAGAGAUCAAAUACAGAAAUUAAAAAAAACCCAGUUCCUAAUCAUUUUAAUCGAGAAAAUAUGCUAAAUUUUGUAACAUCCUAAGUUUUUGCUAAUUAAAAACUUUAUGAAAUAACCUUUAUGCUCCUAUAACUAGAAGAUUUGGAUUAAGAAGCAAGGCUGUAAUAAUCUAUGAUUACUCUAAUUGACAAAAAUCCACAAGAUUUUUAUAUCCAAGAUAGACUUUGCUUGAAUGAACGCACGUUAAAGCACUUCAACAAAGGAUCUGUUAAAUAUAUUUAAGAAGAGUAAGAAAAUGAAUUUACUGGAACCGAGUCAUUAAAUGCCGUUACUGAAAAAGACAGUAAUUAUGAAUCGGAAAUCAAAAACUAUAAAAGGAAAAAUGAUAAAUAUUUGGUUAAUGAAAACUUAGUUGAAGAGAAAGUCGAAGAAGAGAACUAAGAAGAUAUGAGUAUUCGUAAAAGUCCUUUAAAGAAAGAUACAAAAUAUGAAGAUGAGGAGGAAACGAAAUUCAAUGAAGAGGACUGUUCAGAAUUAGCAUGCUAGAUUGGAGGUAUUAAAUAAUUUGGAAAUUCCCACAAAAAGAAUACAAAAUAAUAAAAUAAUCAUUCAUAAGAAGUAACGAAAAGUAAUUUAUCUAAUCAUCCUACUAAUUAGUCUUCUCACACUCCAUCCCAUAUGCAGCAAAGAAAGUCUCACUGCAAGGAAUUAGAAUAUUACUAUACUUAAUCAUUUGAUAAUAAAAUAGAGUUAUUUAAGGAUGCCAAUUUAAAUAAUAGCUAAACAUUCCACCAUCCUUUAUCUUCAGAUUAAAUUUAAAACUAAAGAGAAAGUUAUGCAAGUAAUAAUGAAGAAAUUACUGAGAAAGAAAGUGAGGAAGGUUAGUAAUCAAGCUCUUCAAGUAGUGCAUUGGAAAAUAGUAAAGAAAAUCAAGUCAAUAACAGUAAAGAUGGUUUGUAGGCUAUAUAGAAAAACUUCUAAUCUGAUAUUCACGAUGAAAGCAACUAACAAAAAAAUGAUGAAUUGCCUGACAAAUUUUAUUUUGAGAAACUUAAAAGAGAAAGCUAUUAUAAAUGUUUUAAAUAUAUAUUAAAAAUUAAAAAGCAGUAAAGUCCAAUUGGAAAGAUGAAGAUGAUAGUUAAGGCAAGCGAAAAUAUUCUAGUAUGCAUUAAUAACUUUUAUAAAAUGUAUGGAAUACAAUAGAAUAAUUUUUUAGAUGCUGAUGACGUACUUAGUAUAUUCAGUUACUUUACAUGCAAGUGUUUCUAACACGAAAUGAAUACCCAUAUAAAACUUAUAAGCAAAUUUAUUACAAGCAAUCUUCUCAACUCAAUUAGUGGAUACUAUCUUACAACCCUCUCUGCAAGUUUAUAGAAUAUAUUAGAAUUCCGUAACGGUUCACUUCUUUAAUCAGUAAUAGAACAAUGA